CUGGAAGAAAAACUUGUAUAUGUUACAAACCUGUAAACAUAAAAGGUUUGAAAUUGUUAAAAGUGAAUGUAAAAAUAUACUUCUAUAUAUUGGCCAGGAAAAUAUAUUUUUUGCCAAUGUAUUUAUUUCCCUGAAAUACAUUUUGAAAAAUAUCUUGAUAUAUGAAGGUUAAAACUUAUUAUUAUAUUGUCAAAUUAAGAAAUAUAUUCACUUCACUUUCUGAAAAAUGUAUUUAGCAUAUUUUUAAACAUAUUUUUGGCCAGAGAAUUUUAUUUUUUAUUUUUGGCAUAUAGGUUACCAUUUUUUACCCCUCAUAUUACUGUGAAAUAUUAGUUUAAGAAGAUUUUUUAAAAGCCCCUAACCCAAUCCUAAAUCUAAUGAUUUGUAAAUUCCUCCAAAAAACAGUGCAAGGCGAACUUGAAAGUUGCUCAGACAGAAAUCUUUUGGAUUCGAUUUUGUAAAAUUGGGACAAAUAAUGGUUAGUAUUGCUUUGCGGCAGGGGAGCAUGCAAAAUUUUUAAUUCAUGUAGUAUUUUAAUUUUAAUAUGAACUAGGGGACCCUACUUCAUUUUUUGUGCUUUAUGGAGGGUGCCUCAAUGCUUAGUGGAGGUCAGGGACCACCCCAGCCCCCCCUCAUUUUGAGCACUGCUUUGUCUAUUUAUUCCCCUGCUGUUAUAUGUAUAUGAAUACAUUACAUUUGUUUCAUAUUCAGUCUGUUUCUUUUUUUUCUCCGUCUUAUUCUACAGUCAUUCUCUUACACAAUGUCAGUGAAUCUCUGCACUUUGUCUUUGGUUCAUGUUGGUACCAUGAACUCUUUCUCUAUAGCGUCUGGGUUUAUAAUGGACAGUUUUGUGUUUCUCACCAGCUGAUGAUGUCACAGUGUGUUUAUCAGUGAGACGUUCGUCAUCAGGGUUUAAUUAUUGGGAUCUUGGCGGUGUCUAUGAGGGGCGACCUACUGCAUGUUGAAAUAAUUUCUUUUGAUAGAUCUGAAGUGUUUAACAUUUCACUGAUAUUUCACAAAAUUUAUAAUAUUCAUAUACCAAUGCACAGUACAACAGCUGCUUUAUUUCUGUUUGUUUAAUGUUCAUGUGUUUGGUGUUGUCACAGGUAAAGUUACGACUGUGUCAGUGAUAAAGGGAGAUUGGGUCACUUUAAAGACUUAUACUGAAGUACAGACCUAUGAUCUGAUACAGUGGAUGUUUGCACCUGAUGAUGACACACGGAUAGCUGAAAUAUAUAAAUCAGACAAUACAUUUGCGGUAUAUGAUGGUGCUGAUGGGAGAUUCAGAGACCGACUGAUGCUGAAUAAUCAGACCGGAUAUCUCACUAUCAAAAAUAUCAGAACUGAAGAUGCUGGACUUUAUGAACUGAAGAUGAGCAGCAGUAGACGAUCCAUUCAGAGGAGAUUCAGUGUAAAUGUCAGUGAACGAGGUCUGUCUUCAUAUGUUAUAGCUGGAUUAUGUUUUGGUGUCCUCCUGGUUAGUGUUGCUUUAACUGCUGGUGUGUUUUACUGUCGCCAGAGGUUCCCUAAAGCAACAAUAAGAAAAGUGAUGGUGGGACGUUCUGUCCGGCUGAAGACUGAUGUUGAUAACAUAGAGACAGAUGAUGUCAUAGAGUGGAGGUUUAAGCCUGGUCCCUUUCGAAACAACGUCAUAGCUAAAAUCCAGAGUAACAACCUAACCGCUGCUAGUGAUGAGAGAUUGUGCAGGAAUAUGACACUGAACAAAAGGACCGGAUCUCUCUACAUCACAGACAUCACAGCCGAUCACUCUGGAUCUUACGAACUAAAAGUCACCAGCGGUGUAAUAACAUCAUACAAGAGAUUCAAAGUCAUCGUUUCUGAUUUCAUCCCACCGAAAGAUUUAUUGGAGAUAAGCUUUCCUUUGAUGAGUAAAUGGAGUCGGACAGCAGCAGAGUAACACAAACAGCAACAUUACAACAUCAGCGUGAUACUGUAUAUCAUUUAUAUGAGCAAUGAAAAACUUUUUCUGUGGACGGUUGAAUGAACAUAGCUGUGAACUGAAGUUAAGACUGUGUCUUAAAAUCUAGUCUGGGCAGUAAGGGCUAAUCAUCCGUCUUACUAUUUGGAUUUAAAUGAUACCAAUCUAUGUAACAUGCUUAAAACACUUUUGGCACUCUGGUAUGAAAUAGAAACGUUUAGAUUAUUAUGAAAUGAGGUAAAGAUUUGCAAUAACUCUUUAUUUUAUAUGUUUAACCUUUAAUGUAAAUGUCAGAUUUUAUUUCUAUGUGUAGAUGAAGAUGAAGUGUGCACUGCAUUUAAUAUUUCACUUUCAUAUCUUCAACAUUAUUAUAUUUAAAUAUAAGCUUACAUUUCUUGUGAAAUAUAUAAAUAAUAUAUAAGCAAAUAUCUUUUUUUUUCUUUUUUAUUCUGGUUGAUGUUUAAUCUUGAGGUUAUAAACAGUGUGUUUCUCUCCAAAUGUUUACUGUUUACUUAGUCUGUAAAAUAAUUUGGAUUUCUUUUUAAGUCCUGUUUUAAAUUUUAAAUAGUAUAAAAAAACCUAAAUGUACUGGUGACACAUGAGCAAGUUUAGUCUAGUACUUAACCACAAUGUACAAAACUGUAAACAUAAAACCUGAAACAAUUGCAAUGUUUGCUGUCCCCAUGCAAAGCAUUUAAGUUUUUAUUUGGGACACAACAUGAACUAAAAUAAAUGUUCACAUCAAAUGCACUAUAAGUCUUUUGAGAUGAAAUGUAUAAAUGUAAAUGUGUUCAUACUGUGUGUGCUAUAAUAAACUGAUUCCCUGUGGUUAAGUGUAUUUGUAUAAAAGCAAUAGUUUUGUAGAUUGAUGAGUCACAUAAAUGCAUUAAUAAUGGUUAUUAUAAUCAAAAGCAUUAAGUGAAUAAAAUAAUUGAGCUUGAGAAUAAGAAUUUGUUACAAUUAUGAUGAUUUAUUAUUUCUGAUGACUGUGAGUUUGUGCUUUUGCUCUUGUGUAUAAAGUAUCAUCUCAUAUCAGUCAAAGGUUCAGGUGUAGAUGUGAACACAAGAUGGGCUACUGCUGAUUUAUAUCAGUGAGAUUUAUCAACUCAUCUUUCUCCUCUGGUUCUGGCUAGAUGAGAUACAGCUACUGUAAGGUUAAAUCUCGCGAGAUUUUGGGUUUAGGGGUAGGAUUAGAAUGAAAACACGAUUUCACCAUAUUUUGGCCGUAGUUGUAUCCCUUCUAGCCACAACUCUCUCCCUUCUUCAUGUUGCUUCAUGUGUGUGAUGAAGUUUUGACUCGAGUGUCAGAUAAACAUGUUUUAAAAUGAAUCUUUCAGGUCUUGUACCAACAUUUAUGAAUAUCUUUGAAUAUGAUUUGUAUGUAAUGAAGUUGUUUUUAAAGACAAAGGACUGCGAAGGAGUAGCUGCAGGUGUUAGGUGAACUUCAUCUCUUCACCACCAGAGGAGGCUAAACUAAACUGUGUAAUAAAAACUCAUUCAAAACCUCUCUAGUUAAAGUCUUAUCGCUUCUUAUUGAUUUGUUCAUCAUUAGUUGAUACCUUUAGUAAUUUCAGACUUCACCUUUGACUUUUAUAACACAGACCUUUGGGACGUAAUGAAUGUAGACACAAUUGGCUAGUACAGAAUAAAUAUAAUUCAUAAAUAUACACAAAUGCUACGUACACCUAUGCAAAUUAAAUAAAUGUUAAAUAAAUAGUUGCAGCUUCUAAAGCAGAAAAAAACUUCAGUAAAAUUCAGCAUUGGUUGCAAGGUCAAAGCAGUAAAGAGUUUAUUAUAUAGCCUAGAGUACACAUUCAUGCAUUUGUGUUUGAAUAUUAACCUUAAUAUUUUACAAAUGUGAUAGCACUUUGUGUAAAAUUAAAGCUGGACAGGAAAAUGGUUGUCACAUAUCUGUUCACACAACUCAAAUGCACACAAGUGCACACACAAACAUAAACUAACAGACAAAACACACAUCUCACAUCCACCAGCACAACAAAACCACAUUACUUUCCACACCUUUUGAAUGAUGU